AUGCUGCAGGUCGAUUCAGGCGUAUCGUCGUAUGCGCCAUCUGUGCAGAGUACCAGCCAUCUUACGCAGGCAUCGUCUGUGGAUCUACCUAACCGACCGUCCCUAUAUAUCCGCCGCACUGAUAUAAGUGAAUCAUUGCAAGCGUAUGAACGCCUCCUUAACGCCUCCAAGACGUAUACCUCGGCUAUGCUAGCCAUGUCGAAGGCCUCUUCCGAAAUGGCUGAAGCACUGGAAGACUGCUCACGGUUGAAAGGGGCCCAUAUUAGUGGCCCCGCUUUCCAGGCGGCCUGUGGAUUGCACUACUUGAAGUCGAAUUACGAACAAGUGUUAUGCGAUACGUUUUGGAAAGAGUUCUCUAUCCCUCUUCUGAGCCAACUUGAUGUAUAUCGCAACUCCGUCCGAGAUCGUCAGAUUGCGCAUGAAAAGGCUAUUGAGGACCAAAGCCGCAUCCUGAAAGAAAUUGAAAUUAAGUACCAGAAAGAAGGCCGCAAAAAAAGGCGGGACUUGAAUUCGUUCCGCUCGAUGCUGUCUGAACUACAAGAGAAAGUGAACGAACUCGAAGAGAUCAAAGCCCAACACUAUACGGAAGCCCUUGAAAAUGAAGAACAAACGUGGGAUUUCCUUGCGUCGAAGGUCAUGUUGCUCGUGCGUGCACAGGUCGACAUUGCCGAUCGUUUAUCCGCCAAAGGCAUCAAUGAUCCUAUUUUAGAAUCAUAUAUGGCUGCCAUCCCUGAUCCAUUUCAAUCCUAUGGACCUGAAAAACGGGAGGGCGAGCUUUUUUCUAUCUUGCAGCCUCCGCAAAACACAGAGCGUACCUCUGACAUGAAUGCUGACGCCACGCUAACGAUGUCUCCAAAGCCGCUGCCCGAGUCCUCGAGGGCGGGCAGCACAAACUCUGACUAUGCCAACAUGUCUUCCGAGGCCAAUUCUUCUGGCCCGGACGAUAAAAGCGACCGAACUUCAUUGUUUCCACCAGCAUCCCAAGAUGAGUAUGGCGAGCACGACACGUCCACCGAUACUCUGAGCGCUCGUGUGUUGCAGUCCAAAGCUACGUAUCAAUCCUUGUUUGGCUAUGAUGAAGACAAUACUAUGGUACAGAAUCAAGACACGACAGGCAGUCCUACGACACCCACUGCCCCCUAA